CACAAUCCGAUACUGUGAGCCAAAAGUUUGUAGGAUUUUGGACCAAAUUAUAGAAAAACUAUGAUAUUGUGAUGUACUUAAGUUAGAAGUGAGUCUAUCCGGUCUAAGGGUUUGCGUGUCUCUUGUCUAUGGUGUCGUCGGUGUCUAUCACUGUUCAGUUGUAGACAUUUAGCUUUGUUUGUGGUCUCUUAUACAGCAACAAGAAUAACAAGAAUCUGAUUCUCGUUUGAAAUAUGCAUUUCUAUAGCAUAACUGUGGCGCUCAUCUAUUUUGUAUCAAUUAAUUUUGAUUACAGACAGGUCGAUGGAGUGAAUGGCGUGAAUGCAUUGCAAAGAAUGGGACGAAAUGAUGAAACAAAAGUCAAAUGCAAAGAAGUGGUGAAUGAAGCGCUCAGACAAUACUGGGAUCACUCCAAUGAAAUAGAAUCGAAAGAAACAAACGAAGAAUCAGAUGACAAACAAACUGAAGACGAAAGCAGACAACAAAUAGAUAGCAAUGAAAAACAGGACAUAAACAAAGACAGCACUGAGAAAGAGUCGGACAGAGAGGACAAGAAUAGCAAUAGUGAUAAAGAUUUGAGUGAAUCGGAUGAGUCGGAUGAGCGUCGCUCACGAGUACAUAUCGACGAUAUUCUUCGGAUCUAUGAAAUUGGAUCACAAGAGGACACGAGUGAACAGAAUCUCAUUUUAUCGAUAUUUCGAGAAUUGAAAAAACUUUAUGAAUCGUCUGUAAAGCCAUUAGAAAUGAUUUAUAAGUACAGACACAUCACCACCAGAUUAAUCACUGAUGCCGAGUUGUUUGCAAAACCCAAAGUGCUUUUCUUAGGCGCCAAAUCCAGUGGAAAGACAUCACUUGUCAACUACCUGUUAGGCAUCGACUCAACGCCCAUGCAAUUGAACACAGGCCUAACCACUUCAUACCCUCACUUUACUGUAUUGAGCUAUGGAGACAACUAUACCCGUCUCAGUCCAACAGAACUCUGCGCUGACUUUACCUUUUCAAGUCUUCAGCAGUUUGGCCAACAAUUUCUUGAACACUAUAUUCAAGCCAAUAGAAUGCCUAUUAGUUUAUUGCAAAAGAUGACAAUCAUCGAUAGUCCGGGACUUACGGAUCAGAUCAGCAAAAGUGCAACAAUGGAUCAGCAAGAGAUAGACACAGAGGUCUACCAGUGGUUCAUCGAUAGAAGUGAUGUCAUAUACAUUGUCAUAGAUGUGACUCAAUUGCAAAUCUCACACCAACUCCAGGCAUUAAUAGAACAGUUAAAGGGACGUGACGUGAGAUUCAUAUUAAGCAAAUCAGAACUGGUCUCUCACUCGCAGAUCGUCACAAUAAUCGGUCAACUCUUGUGGAUAUUGUCUCCGAUAAUGCCAUCGGAAAGACCGCCACAAGUGUACGCCUUAACCACGGUUCCACAGCAAGUGUACGAUGCGUUCAUCGAUGACCAGGAGGUGUCGUGGCUGAAGGACCUGUCCAAUCAAAUCAGUGGCAUCUCUCGCGUGGAGUCGCGUAUAGCGGCGUUGCGUCGACACGCGGUUCGGGUGCGAAAUCACGCCAAACUCAUCGACUGUUAUUUGUCCACAUUUUACAAGAACAAAGGCAUCUUCACAUUCGGCGCCUCCUCACGACUUCUGGCAACAGAUAUCACCGAAAACCCACUGAAAUACCGGGUAUACAGCGGUGCUGUGUUGGGUCACUCGCACAACAUUUCCAGACAUGACUUACCCGACCCCGGGGUCUACAGAGAGUUCUUCAGAUCCAACCCAUUGAUAGAUUUUAAGCCAUUGACAUCCACGUGCUCUUACUUCAAGGGCUGUCCCAUUGACAAACUGGACAUCACUAUAGCCUAUCAGUUGCCAGAACUGGUCGGUAAAUACAAGAAACUGACGCGAAUUGAACCCUAUCUAUAGCGCUGCCAGUAAUUAG